GUAGCCUGCACUUCGUUAGGAUAUCAGGAUCAUGCUUGUCACGGUGCAAAAUCCUUGUCACCAACCGGCCGAAAUUGUUGAAGAAACCAAGGGACAAUAACAAAGUGUAGUACAGUAAUAGUUUCAAACACUAGGGAUUAGGAAUCAGAAUACGAGUAAUAUAGUGAUAAAAUAUUUCAUCAGUAACGAAAAAGUUUAUUCAACAGCCUAAAAACCGUGCAAGUGUAACUACCCCCACCAGAACCCCGGCUGAUAAACUCAGCUAGCGCACGUCUUCUGCAGCUGACUAGCACGGUCGCUGGUCAUGACACUUGCUGGGUGGGAACGAACGAACCAUUGCACGAGUGAGAUGAGUUCUAGAACCUGAAGCGUAGUCGCCAGUCGCUCGCAAGCUAGAGACCGAGUUGGUGCUGACAAUGUUAGCAGCCAACCAAUGCGAGGACACGCCGAUUGGACUUCUCCAGCCAGGGGUUGAGCUACCCAAUUUGUCCCUCCAACCACCUGAAAACCAGCCGAAAUAUUUGUGGUAGCUCCAGGGAGCAAAAAGCACCUGCCGGCGCUCAUCGUCCUGCGAGGCCAGACAAGGCAUCAGUGGCAGAAGGGAUCCUGCAUCCAUGUCGAAGGUGACGGUGCUCAAGGUGGACACCUCCUGCGCCAAAUGCAAGCGCAAGGUCCUGCAGGCCGUCUCCGGCCUCAAAGGUGUUGAUAAGAUCGAGGUCGACUCGGAGAAGGGCACGAUGACGGUGACCGGCACGGUGGACCCGGUGGACGUGAUCGUGCAGGCGAGGAAGGCCGGGAGGCGCGCGUCCGUCGUCACCAUCGGCCCGCCGCCCAAGCCGGCCGAGGAGAAGAAACCCGAGCAGCAGAACAAGGGCGACGGGAAGAAGCCCGAGCAGCACAAGACCGACGAGAAGAAACUGGCGGGGGACGCGGAGAAGAAGGCGCCCGAGCAGCCGGCCACGGUGUUCGUCCACCACGUCCCCUCGUGGCCUCCGUGCCCCAGGUACCAGGAGAGAGUAGUCUACGAGCAGGACCCCCCGCCUUGCUCCAUCAUGUAACUAACCCAUCCCAUCUGACCACCAUUGGUUCAUUUGGACCGCAUGCAGGAACCAUGUAAGAUCUUGCAUAAAUUUCACAAUAAAUGGUUCAAUUCACUCAA